AUGACUCCCUUUCCGCCCCUCUACGGGAUGCCCGUCGAACUUUCGGAGGAGAUCAACAAACACAUCGACUUUGCCGACGAGAAGUUUACUAUCAAAAGCAAAGACACGCUCCCGUCUGAUGCUCGCUGGGUCAAUUUGCGCAUUCCGUUCGCCACGAAGGUCACAGAUAUCUGCAUCAUGGACUCAGGAGAGGUCCGAGUCACCGCCUUUACCGUCGCUCGCGAACUCGCCGAAGAGGGACUCCUCAACAAGGCCAAGGUCAUCCACGUAAAUAUCGACGACUUCGACUUCACCAUCUUCAAGAACUUCAUCGGCAUCCUGAAAGACAAGGGAAAACUCGUCGACUUCCGCAAUCCCGCCGCUACCAUUGGCCGCGAGCCACGAGAGCUCGUCAUCCAGCACACCUUCACCCGCAAGUCUCCCAAGACAGCCAAGAAGCUGAAGGACUUCAGCGACUGGUUCGCGACAAACGUCACUUUCACUAUCGCCAUGACUCACGAGGUCGUCGCCUAUGAUGACAUCGAGGUUCUCAACAAGAUCUUCCAGAGUUCGGGAUUUUCCCAGUAUCCCGGCACACAGUACGCCGCCGUCAUCUACAAGCUUCAAGAAGAGGUCGAUGAUUACAUCGCGACUCGUCACGCCGGAGACGUGUACGAUCAGCAGCAGAUUGCAGACGAUAGGGCCAAUGGCGAGUAUGCGUGGGAGAAUCCUGUUGGAGACGAUGACAGUGAGAUGGACGGGUCUGAUGACGAUGAGGACGAUGGGGACGCUGGGGACGAUGACGGUGAUGAGGACGGUGAUGAAGGCGACGAGGGAGGUCAAGACGAGGAGGACGAAGAGAUGGAGGACCCAGAUGUCGAUGAAAGCGAGGAUUUGGAGAUGGAACAGAGUGAGGACGAGGAUGGCUCUGUGGUGGUGGAGGAUCUGGGAGUCGUGGAAGAAGCCUUCUGA